AUGGUUUCCUACCCAGAUUCCUCGAGCGCCGACCGCUCACUGCCCAUUCGCCGCCCUCCGUCAGUCUCGUCGCAUUCCUCGCGCGCAUCCACCGUCCGGAGACACCGCCAUAACCGGUCGCAAUAUGGCGGCACAACUCUGCAGCCGCAGAAUGAGUUCCCCGUCUUCACCCACACGGGCGACGUCGAGAUUGUCAUCAGCAAUGGGCGCAAGGAGGCGCGAUAUCUGCUGCACAAGCUGAUCCUCACCCAAUGCUCCGGCUUCUUCGAGGCUGCUACUAGCGAUGAGUGGGCCACGGCUGGCGAAGCUGCUGGCUCUGCAGCGAGCGGUUCUGCAGCACUAGCGAGACUGCCCUCGGGUGCGCGCCCCAAGGAAAAGAGGAAGUGGAGGUAUGAGCUGGACUGGGGCAACUCUGACGACGACUUGCCCAUGCUCGUGCAAAAGUCUCAGAGGAACACGCCCACCAUGUUUGGCGGCGGUGGCGGCGGCGACGACGACGACGCAACAUCAGCCUCACAACCCCCUCCUGCGCGCAACAAGCCUGUCGCACCCCAAUCGGGCUUCUUCCGCAGCAUGGCCAACUUUUCCACCCUUCACGUCCCGCCCUCAGUCCCGCACGAAAGCGAUCCCGACGACGACACCUUCCGCGACUACGACAACCUCUUCCGCAUCUUUUACAACUACCCGCCCUCGCUCGACUCGGUCAACAUUGCGAGCGCCUAUGUAGAGUGCAAGUCCCUCCUCCAGCUGGCCGACAUGUACGACGCGCUCGGUGUCAUCGGACCACGCGUGGACCAUCACCUGCUCCGCUUCCAGGGCCGUCUCUGGAAACAAAUCGCAAAAUACCCACCCAGCUACCUCAAACUAGGCUACAUGGCGCGCAGCAAAGCCAUCUUCGCCGAAGCCAUGGUCCACGUCGUCGGCCAAUGGCCCCAAGGCAUCAACCAACUCCGCGGCCAAAUCGCCGACCCAGUCAUCGAGCUCAUCGAAGACAAAGUCGAUGAAAUCGACGAACUCAAGCUGAAAAUCGAAGUCAAGCUGUUCCGCCUCUCCCUCACAACCAGUCGCGGCGACCGCGUCAGUCCAUCGAGCAACUGGCUAGAUUGGAUGGCCGUCUCCCUCUUCCGCCAAUGGCUCGCGGAAAAUACGACUCCGCCUCCAGCCCCAAUCCUCAAAUCCCCACGCGCACUGGCAACCUCGCGCCACGGCACGAGCAGCGCCGGACCCCUCAUCGAUACCGCACGCUCCUCCGUGGCAGCAACAGCACCGCCACCCCCUCCUGCCUUCAACACGGGCCGCAUUUUCCGCCUCCUGGGCCAGGGCGGGAACACCUACCUCGGUCACGACGAGUGUAAGCGCUUCUUACGACUCUCGCCCGACCAUUACAGCCGCGAGAACCUCAAACGGUUUGAACGGAGGGUGGACGAGAUUAAGAACAAAGCAAAGGAUGCGGUCAGGCCAGUGAUGCGCAACUUUUUGGAGCUCGAUCUAAAGGAGGGCGGACUGCCAUAUUUGACGUGCACGAGGGUUGAGCCGCAGGAUUUUCCGUGGGAUGAGUAG